AUGAUUGCCCAUCAACGAGCUCUUAUUCGCAUCAGCAAGGCGCGUUGCUCAUUCUCUACAAAAACUGGCGCUGUGGCUGAUCUCGCUUCCAAGUCAACCCCAACGUCGUCGCCAACCCAGAACGGGAAAAAACUUCGCCUGGUCGUUGCUGUUGGUGGGAAUGCUCUCCAAAGAAGAGGCGAACGUCUAACUAUUGAGAACAUGCUCAAGGCUGCCUCUGAUAUGGCACCAGUCCUGGCAGAACUUGCAAAGACUCAUGAAUUGGUACUUACACAUGGGAAUGGUCCUCAGGUAGGAGAGCUUGCCUUAGAACGUGCUGCCGCAACCUUUGAUGUAUUGGGCGCUGAGAGCUGUGGGCAGAUAGGAUAUGUUCUGAGUCAGUCGCUCGCCUCUGCAGGAGUCACGGCUGUCCCAAUUCUUACUCAGGUAGUCGUCGAUCAAUAUUCUGAAGCUUUCAAGGAUCCAACUAAGUAUGUUGGUCCAAUCUAUGGGAAAGUUGAAGCCCAAGCUCUGCAACAGAGUCUAGGCUGGACCAUCAAGCCUGAUGGCGAAUAUUUCCGUCGUGUUGUUCCUUCUCCUCUGCCAUUGGAGAUUUUGCAACUCGAUGCCGUCAAGACACUUCUGGAGCAUAACCACAAGGUCCUUCCUAUCGUUUGUGGCGGUGGCGGUGUGCCCGUAGCUCGUGUUCCUGCUUGCCCAACAACUCUACAAGGUGUCGAGGCAGUUAUUGACAAAGAUGCUUGUGGUGCCAAGCUAGCAGUUGAGUUGGAAGCUGAUGGUUACAUAAUUUUAACAGAUGGUGGAGGUAUCUGGGAGAACUUCGGAAAGCCUGAAGCCCGAGAGAUGGAGGCAGCAACACCUGAGUAUUUGCGAGGAACAGGGGCUGGUAAAAAGUACCCUGGAUCCAUGGGGCCAAAGGUACAAGCAGCAAUCGAUUUCGUCGAAAAGUCGAAAAAGAGCGGAGUUUGGUCAGCCAUCGGUGACCUAAAGGAUGCUGCUGCGAUUGUGGAAGGAAAAGAAGGAACGUACAUUAAGGAGGAUGUCAAGGAAGGCGGCGGAGUGAUUUGGAGGAGCGGCAGGUCGGGUCCGCCGAGAAAAGAGUCGCACGAUCCUCCGGCUAGAGCCUAA